CGUGUGUACGUACAUAUAUAUGCACAUGUGUAUAUUCAACGACGAAUUGACUAUACAGCCAUGGAUAUCACCAGAUUCGUCUUCGAAUAUCGCGAGUCGGCCUUUCUGGUGGGCGACUACAGCACAUAUCGCGCCCAGCUCUCACGUCGCCUGCGCAUUGUGCGCAAGAAGCUGGGGCGCGCCACGGGCAAAAAUGCGAAAUAUCAAUCCAAGCCCCCCGUGACCGCCGACGAGGUCAAUAAAGACAUCGAGUUCCUGCACUUGCUGCUCCUCACCUCGGAGCGAGCGUGGGCCCACGCCAUGUCCAUGAAAGCCUCGCAUUCCGAAGACAACGCGGACCAGAACAUCACCGGCUCUACUCGUACCCACAUCAUCUCGCGCCUCCACAAAGCCGCACGCUACGCACACCAGGUGGUCCAACUGCUGUCUGACCAGUCCGCUAGCGGAGCCUCCGAUAUUGACUUGCUUGAGGCCAAGGGCUAUGCCUACUCGUUAGCAGGAGCAGAGCAAUUCGAGAAACAGGCUGAAGGCAGCCACUCCAACGACACAUCUUCCACCCGCUGGUUGUCAUGCUUGAGAAACUACGCUGCCGCGCGGAUCAUCUACAACUCUUUACUGAAGGCUACCCAGAAGGAUCUGUUCAAGGAAGUCCUUGCAAGCACGACAGACCCAAGCCUGCGAUACGCCGCCUACCAACACCGGAUACCAAGAACCGUGGGUGUACCUGAGGUAGCCAAAAAGUUCUUUCCCGAAGACCAGCCAGAGCUCGUCAAGUCGUUGGAAGCAAUCGACUCUUCUGCACUUCAGGUGGAGGAGGCGUCCGCUUCAAGCACCAAGAUCACAUGGCGAAACCGAACAGCGAAUAUCGUAGACGCCGCUAUUGGCCUCGCGCUUGCCCAAGUCGAGGUCUCCUCCACCCAGCUGGCCAAGUCUCUCGAAUCCUCCACGACACCCAAAGAAAAAGCCAACGCCUACGAUGAUGUUUUGAUCGCAAGCCAAGACGCGGCAGACGCUACAAGGAGAGCUAUCGAUGAGCUAAAGAAAGAAGGCGUUGGCGAGGAAGACCGAAGAGUGCAGGAUCUCCGUGUGACGAGUUUGGCUGUCAAUUACGAUUUGAUCGCUUGGCGAAUCGGUCGUUACCGAGUGCUCAUCGGCUCCGACGAUGGCCUCACCUUCCCCGCGACCCUACCCCACCAGUCACGGCGGCCCAGAAAAGAUGGUAAAGAGUGGACGUCAAGAGAAGAGCCGACGGGGCGCAAAUUGGCGAGACUGCGGGAACGGGUGGCUUUAUAUGAUGCCAUUCUGCAGAGCAUCACUUCCAUCAAGGAACUCAAGGGUGCAGUCGGUGACAGCGACUUCAUUGCGGAGCUAGAGGGCCAACGCGCCUACUUCCAGGCCCUGAAAUGCCUCAACCUAUCGCAUUCGCACGCGUUCCUUUCUGCUCCGAGACAGGCAUUGGCGCUCUGCAACCGCGCGCUCUCUCUAGCAUCCCAAGCAACAUCGGCUCCACGAAUUUCCGGCGAACCGUCGGUUGCGCCGAAGUUGAUGGUUUCAGAGCAGCAGGCGAAUAAGCUAAAGCAGAGUCUAGGAAAUCUGACAUCUCACUACCGCGGGUUGGUGGCGCUUUCUCAGCUGUCAUCCAACUCGGACGCAGCAUCGCAGAGCCACCUUAACAACGCAGCGCCCGUGGUCGAAAGACUCAACGAGUACCCGUCGUCAGGCAAGGUGGAGCUGGGGAACCUGGUCACGUGGCCGCCGAAGCUCAAGCCGGUGCCCGUGAAACCCAUGUUCCUGGACGUCGCGUGGAAUUAUGUCGAGUACCCGGGCCGCAGCAAAGCGCAGGAUCAAAGCUCCGCGGCGGCGGAGAAGGAGCAAGCAGAGGAGCCCAAGAAGGAGGAAGUCAAGCCAGCGAAGAAGGGGUGGUUUUCGUUUGGCAGAUAGAGGGAAAGAGAGAAGGAAUGGAAUAUUUUCAAGCAGCUGCUACGAGAUUCGCGAUUGUAAUGUUUGGUGUGGAGAAACUUGAAGACAGCGCGAUUGGAAGUAAGCAGUGCACGAUACAUGCUAGCAUUUCCUUUCCGUAGGGCUGUCUGUCAGGGGAUGGAAAUGUCGAGUUUGGCAACUAUGUACCAGCAGAAUGCAGCAUGGCACGCGUGCAACCACGUGUACAACCGAACAACCUGUUCUCCUUUCCACGGCAUGUUCAAUCUCCCUUGUUCCUACGAACCCUCCAUCUAUUUUUCAAACCCUCUCUCUCUCUCUCUCUCUCUGCGUGUGUGUGGUCAUUUCCGCUCUUCUCCUCCCCCUCAUACAUACCUAGGUAUGUGUAUGUCCUGAUCCUGGUAAUCAACCAAGUACCUAGGUAGGUACCAAGGUACAUUAGCAGGACGUUGGAUCUAACCCAAAAACCAGAAAAUCCCAAGUAAAAGUUAUGUAAUUAGCUCCCUAUAUCCCAUCCCCUCCCUUGCAGCAAAAACCAAUUUUUGCUCCUGGUUCUGCUGACCCGCGGAUUACCGUUUCUGUUAGUGAUCAUGUUACUCUUGGUUUCUGUCUGUUUAGACGUCUGUGCGUUGCGUAGCGUAGCCGUGCGAGCCAGUGUCAGUCAGUGUGCACAGAUCGCCGGGUGAGCGGAGCAGCGGGCGCGUUCUUGGGCUUAUUUUUUUUUUCUUUUACCCCUGAUCAUCAUAGGUGUGUAAUCAUAUCAUAUCAAAUCCAAUCAGACAAGCAAAGAUCCCGAUAAGAUUGAUACCACUGAUUAAAAGCUAAGAUAUGAUUUGAUGUAAAUCUCCCUUUGACGUCGUCGAAAGUGUAGAGUAGGGAGAAGGAGAGGAGAGUUGUUAGCGCCAGGGGCAGGCAGAUGGCAAUCAAUCGUUCAUGGUCCCUUUGACACGCGCGCGCUGUUUGUCUGCACCUAGCGACCCCUUGCAGGACGGACAUGGACCGUACAUAGACUGUACAUACAUACGUACGUAUCUAUGUACUCAAGUAUUGACAAGUUGAUUGAUUCAAGCUCGUGGUCGUAGUACAUGUGCUCCUUUUACCUACCACCUGCCUUACCUUACCAUUUCGUUUGAUCCAGUUGAGUGCCGUUGAAAAAGCCAACUAUUCCAGCCCUGUUCAGUUCAGUUCCCUCGUUACUCUAGUUCCACCCUCCAAAGAAAAAAAGAAACCAAAGACGAAACAAGGCAAGGCCAGGUAGCAAGAAACAAAACAAACAAAACGCCCCCGUGUGUUCCAUGGCGCAAUGACACGAUCCAACCGUUUACCACACUUUUUAUUUAUUUCUCCGGGCGGGCGUCAUCAUCCCCCCCUCCCUCGUCGUCUUCUGUCUCACU